AGACGUAAUGAGGGAGGAGCUGGAGUCUAACCUGCUAUGUGACAUGUUGUGUGAUGUCAUCCAUCGCCACACCAGCAGCCACUUCGGUGCCUAUGUGGACUACAUCCGUAACAUGCCUUACCAGGAACAGACCAUGCACAACCUGGGGAGGGAGAACCCCCAGAUCAUGGAAAUAUUACGGGAGCUACAAGACGACCAACGCUGUUAUCGUCUGCCCCUGAAGUCCUUCCUGGUCCUUCCCUUUCAGAGGAUCACACGACUCAAGAUCCUCAUAGAGAACAUUUUGAAGAGUACAGAGCGGGGGUCAGAGAGGCAGGUGUCUGCAGAGAAAGCACUGAGAGCACUCAUAAAGGUAGUUGAGGCCUGCAAUAGGGAGGUGGGGAGGAUGAAGAUGAUGGAAGAAAUCGUUCACAUCGCCAACAAAACUGAGUUUGAAUGCAAGGCCCUGCCCCUGGUGUCUUCCUCUCGAUGGCUCGUCAGACAGGGGCAACUAGCUCAGCUGUCAGAGAAAGAAAACAUCUUUGGUCACCGGAAGCUCUGUCACAUCUACCUUUUCCUCUUCAAUGACCUACUGCUGGUGACCACUAGGAAAGGCAUGGAUCGGUUUGUGGUGCGGGAUCAUGUCCACCGUUCCCUGAUAGAGGUGAGUGAAGGACUGGAGGAGAAGGAGGAUUUGGUGUGUGCUUCAUGGGAGAGGAUGUUCUGCCUCGCUCUGCUGAAGAACCAGAGGGGAACCACAUCUCAGUUCCUGCUGCAGGCCUCCACACAUGCAGAGAAGAUAACCUGGAUGGAGCUGUUGAGUCAUCGAGUGGACGGGAUGGAAGGAAUCUAUGAAGAAUGGGACUGUCCUCAGGUACGAUGCACUGAGGUCUACGUAGCACAGCAGCCAGGGGAACUGAGUGUACAGCUGGGUGAUACCAUCAACGUCAUACAGAAAACUGCUGACGGUUUCCUAGAGGGCAGGAGACUUGUGGACGGUGAGCGGGGCUGGUUCCCGGAUUACUGUGCGGUGCAGGUCACCAAUGAGUACGUCCAGAGAAAACACCUCAGGCAGCGCUACCAUGUUUUACAGACUGCCAACCGCAUCCUGAACAGACGGCACACUGUUCCCCAGGCAACUGCCUGCUUCAGAUAGACAGGUCUUUCUGAACGAGGUCUGCAUCUCAAAUGGCACCCUAUCUAUCCCGUAUAUCAGGGCGUUCACAAUAAUUAGACGGUUGACAAACUGAAUUAGGUUCGUUUCAAAUGGGGUUGGAGUGAAAACCUACAGGAUGGUAGCUCUCCAGGAACAGGGUUGGAGAGCCCUGGUGUAAACCUACAGGAGGAUAGCUCUCCAGGAACAGGGUUGGAGAGCCCUGGUGUAAACCUACAGGAGGAUAGCUCUCCAGGAACAGGGUUGGAGAGCCCUGGUGUAAACCUACAGGAGGGUAGAUCUCCAGGAACAGGGUUUGAGAGCCCUGGUGUAAACCUACAGGAGGAUAGCUCUCCAGGAACAGGGUUAGAAAAGCCCUGGUGUAAACCUACAGCAGGGUAGCUCUCCAGGAACAGGGUUAGAAAAGCCCUGGUGUAAACCUACAGGAGGGUGGCUCUCCAGGAACAGGGUUGGAGAACCCUGCAUGAUGCACUUCUUCUGAUCAGGGCCAAUAGGGCUCUGGUCAAAAGUAGUGCACUAUAUAGGGAAAAGGUUGCCAUUUGGGAUGCAGAGGAGAUAUAACCAGUCACACUCUUGAUGUAUUUCAGUCAGUUGAUAAUGUUCAGCUUUUAAUUUACUCUGAACCUAAGUGUUUAUUCUUACUAUGUUUCUUAUUCUGUUUAUACAAAUUUUAUUUCAUUGAACUGACAUAUGACAGAAUAUCAUUAUAACUUACUGCAAUUUAAUUCUUUAUGAAAAUAAA